GAUCUUUCCCUAGCUGUAGACAAACGGGAAGGAGAAUGCUCCGAGGACAGCUUGGGAACCUUAUGCGCUGAGACCUCAUUUCCACACGGAGCGCUUGAGCCUAUUGAUGAGGAAAUAUUUUCAAGCUGUACGUUAUGUUCAGGCAUGUCUGCUGAGGGGGAUGUUGUGAUAGCGGAUGCGAGUGUCACUCCGCUAGAGGUGGGGGAUGUUUCUAAGUGUGCUUUACCGGAGAGCUCCAGGAGUGAGGAGGAGGAGGAGGAUGAUGAUGAUGAAGAAGCAGCAGCGUCGGGAGAUGCGGAGACAAGGCGGAGCAACUGGAUGGUCAGCCACCCUACGUUCACUGAGAUGAUGGCCUUAGAUGUCGGUGACGACACUCAAGUUUACGCUGCAUUUCUUGUUUAUCUCGACCUUCUGGAAGCCCGAAAUUGGCAGUAUGUAGAAUAUGUGGGGUCCCCAGAACUUCAGAUCAUCUACCUCCAGGGGUGUGAGAAAGAGGGAGAAUCCUUUCAGGUUAUCUGCCCAGCGCCUGUUCCCAUGUCCCUUAGCCAUGAAAGGAUAAAGAAAAUCAUGAAUUACACCUGCUAUGAUGAAGACAGCGAAGAAAAUGCUGUGAUGUCGUUUAUUCUGGCUGUGGUAGAAAGCGACUCAACAAUAGUGUAUUACAGGCUGACAGAUGGAUUAGUGGUACCAGAUCCCCCAGAUGAAAUAGAGGACAUUGACAAUAAGCAGUGGAGAAAGAAAAGGAGGAAACUGCUGAGAUGAAAGUUUGACACCGAACUAAAACUCGAUGCGUAAUGAAAAAUCGCUCCAAGUCAAGCCAUGUUACUGCUAUAGCAUUCUUUCUGUAAUCGAGUUCAUUAGAAAGAAAAAAAACUUGGUUUGUAUUUUAUUAUAAGGAAUAAAACCCACCAGUUCAAUUUGUUUUUCAAGAAUAAAAAACUUGCAUUUUA